UCUGCCCAAACAAUGUUCACAGGAAAUCAUUCCACAGUGACAGAAUUUAUUCUUGCAGGGCUGACAAGCCGGCCAGAGCUCCAGCUUCCCCUCUUUCUCCUCUUUCUGGGCAUUUAUUUGGUCACUGUGGUGGGGAACUUGGGUAUGGUAAUUCUGAUUGGUCUCAGUUCUCACCUUCACACUCCCAUGUAUUAUUUCCUUAGCUGUCUAUCUUUUAUUGAUCUCUGUCACUCAACUGUCAUCACUCCCAAAAUGCUAGUAAACUUUGUUGGAGAGAAAAACGUCAUCUCUUACCCUGAAUGCAUGACUCAGCUCUAUUUCUUCCUCAUUUUUGUAAUUGCUGACUGUUACAUGCUGGCUGUGAUGGCCUAUGACCGUUAUGUUGCUAUCUGUAGCCCCCUACUCUAUAAUGUCAUCAUGUCCCCACAGAUCUGCUCAGGCCUAGUAAGUGUGGUAUACAUAAUGGGCUUGCUUGGUGCCACAGCUCACACAGGCUGUAUGCUGAGAGUGUUCUUUUGCAAGAAAAAUGUCAUCAAUCAUUAUUUCUGUGAUCUUCUUCCCCUUUUGAAGCUAUCCUGCUCUAGUACCUACAUCAAUGAAGCAAUGAUUCUAUUCUUCGGUUCUUUAAAUAUUUUUGCCCCUGUAGUAACCAUCAUCAGCUCUUAUGUAUUCAUUAUUGCCAGCAUCCUCCGCAUCCAGUCCACUGAGGGAAGAUCUAAAGCCUUCAGCACUUGCAGCUCCCAUAUCAUGGCGGUUUCUCUCUUCUAUGGUUCUACCGCAUUCAUGUACCUGCAGCCCUCUUCUGUCAGUUCUAUGGACCAGGGGAAGGUGUCCUCUGUUUUUUACACCAUAGUGAUACCCAUGUUGAACCCUUUGAUCUACAGCCUGAGGAACAAGGACGUCAAAGUUGCCCUGAGGAAAAUUCUAAAGAGAAGUAAAUUCUGGUGA